GCAUGAGAUCACCGUGGCACAGCUGCAUGUGUAGUCACUCUUGAAGCAAUUGCACACCUAAUUGGCUGACAAUCUUGGCAUUUUUAAAACAAACACAAGCCUUUUAAAAGCAGGGGACCUAUUUAUGUAUGAAUAUUCAAAUAGACCUUUUGGGUGUCAUCAAUGGAGCCUUCUGGCAGUGAGCAGAUGUGUGAUGACCCUGAUCCUGGAGGCAAAUCCCAAGAUCAAGAGACCAAAAAACAGCAUGAAUCAGAGCAAAAAUUAUCCAAAAUAACACAUAAUGCUUUGGAGAACAUUAAUGUGAUUGGUCAAGGCUUGAAGCACCUUUUCCAGCACCAGCGCAGGAGGUCCUCAGUUUCUCCCCAUGAUGUUCAGCAAGCUCAGGCUGAUCUGGAGACUGAAAUGGAUUUGGAAAGCCAAAGCGCCUGUGCUGAAAUUGAUGGUGUCUCCACCCACCCCACAGCUCUGAAUCGAGUGCUUCAGCAAAUCAGAGUGCCACCUAAAAUGAAGAGAGGGACAAGCCUGCACAGCAGGCGGGGCAAGAUGGACCCUCCAAAAGGAAGCCCACAGAUCAACAGGAGGUCUGCCCAAGAUACUCAAUCAGGUCGGCCCAGAUCAUCAUCUACUACUGAUGCUCCCUCCAACUUGUCUGUGAUGGAGAUAGCUUCUUCUAUCUAUGUAGGUGGAGAGGAUGCCUCAGCAGCAGCAAUCGAGCGAUUGGAAGUCAGCAGCCUAGCCCAAACCUCUAGCGCAGUUGCCUCGAGCACUGAUGGCAGCAUCAACACAGACUCAAUUGAUGGGACCCCAGACCCUCAGCGUACAAAAGUGGCCAUCACUCACCUGCAGCAGAAGAUACUGAAGUUGACUGAGCAGAUCAAAAUCGAACAAACAGCCCGUGAUAACAAUGUGGCAGAGUAUCUGAAACUGGCUAAUAAUGCUGACAAGCAGCAGAGCGCCCGCAUCAAGCAAGUGUUUGAGAAGAAGAAUCAGAAGUCAGCCCAGACCAUCCUGCAGCUACAGAAGAAACUAGAACAUUACCAUCGAAAGCUGCGAGAGAUUGAACAGAAUGGGAUCCCUCGACAACCAAAGGAUGUCUUCAGGGAUAUGCAUCAGGGUUUGAAGGAUGUCGGAGCAAAAGUCACUGGCUUCAGUGAGGGUGUAGUAGACAGUGUUAAAGGUGGGCUUUCCAGUUUCUCCCAAGCUACACAUUCAGCAGCAGGAGCUGUGGUUUCCAAACCUCGGGAGAUUGCCUCCCUCAUAAGGAACAAGUUUGGGAGUGCAGACAAUAUUGCUAGUCUGAAAGAUUCCUUAGAAGAAGGCCAGGAAGAUGGGACAGGAGGCAAGGCUCUAGGCGUUAUUCAGAACUUCCAGUCAAGCCCAAAAUAUGGCAGUGAAGAGGAUUGUUCCAGUGCCACAUCAGGCUCAGUGGGAGGCAACAGCACCACAGGGGGUCCUGUGGGAGCUUCUGGCUCCAAAACAAACACUCUGGAUAUGCAGAGCUCAGGGUUUGAUGCAAUACUACAUGAGAUUCAAGAAAUUCGAGAGACACAGGCAAGACUGGAAGAAUCAUUUGAGGACCUUAAGGUUCGUUAUCAGAGGGAUUACUCAUUAAUAAUGCAGACUCUGCAAGAGGAGCGGUACAGAUGUGAAAGACUAGAAGAGCAGCUAAAUGACCUGACUGAGCUCCAUCAGAAUGAGAUCCUAAAUUUAAAACAGGAGCUGGCCAGCAUGGAGGAGAAAAUUGCCUAUCAGUCUUAUGAGCGAGCCCGGGACAUCCAGGAGGCUCUGGAGGCCUGCCAGACCCGGAUCUCCAAGAUGGAGCUGCAGCAGCAGCAGCAGCAGGUGGUGCAGCUGGAGGGGCUGGAGAAUGCCACAGCUAGAAACCUCCUGGGGAAAUUCAUCAACAUCCUCCUGGCUGUCAUGGCUGUCCUCCUGGUCUUCGUCUCCACCGUGGCCAAUUGCGUCGUGCCCCUCAUGAAAACUCGCAACAGGACGUUCAGCACUUUAUUCAUAGUGGUUUUCAUUGCCUUUCUGUGGAAGCACUGGGACGCCAUCACUGGCUACUUGGAACGAUUCUUGUCCCCUCCUAGAUGAUGGUGCAAGGAAUCGGCUGCAUCGCCCCUCCCGGCACUCUUGAGCAUAAGCGUGGCAAAGAUUAGUCAGCAACUAUUCCGCUGAAGUUUUAAAGUGUCCGAGUGAAUUUGUUUACAUUUAGAAUAACAGUUUUUCUCUGCGAGACGCAUUGCAAUAGUAUUUUUUAGAUUUUAUUCAAGAACUCUUUUUGGCAAGAAUCCUGGAUAAUUUUUAUGUAGCAUGGUUCUCUUUGGAUGCAAAUCUUAAGAUUCUUUAAAGUGUACAAAAGAAAUAAAUAAAACACACAAAUUUGGAGCAUACCAAUGGGCAAUUAAAUUGCGGCUUGAACUACUGUACUAAACCUGUCAGGAAGAGAACAUGGUAGCCUAAAAUGAGCAAAGCUAAAUCUAGCACACAGCCUUGAAUGAUGGUACCACAGCAAACCUGUAACACUAAACUUUUACUGUGAAGUCUGCUCACAUUCCAUGCCCAAACAUUUGGGUUCAGAGUGGUUUCUUUCCUUAACAAGAGAAAAAGCAACGUAUGGAUCGCUUUCCCAACUCAGCAUCUAGGUUUGCCAUUUGUGCUAACCUGACUUACAGUAAUUUUCUAUAAGGCUGGUUAACUUUGCUGAGCAUAUGAAAUGGAAGCCUCAUGCCAUAUACUGCACAGUUGUGCUACAGUAUUUUGAAGUAGUCCUUUAAAUACUUAUCUUUAAGCAGAAGCCCUUGGUCGCACUUUUGAGGUUUUUUUUAUAUAUGUAUAUUCACAGAUUUAAAAAAAAUCCAAACAGCAUACUUGAAGAGUGUAAUACUCAAACUCUCAGUGCUUCCUUAUUGUUUCUAAUAGGAUUUUUUAUUAUAAUUAUUAUUAUUAUUAUUGGGGGUUUUUUUGGAAAGGGUUGGG